CCUGUCUGCAUCAUCGCCAUUGCUGUCUCCUGCAGCCAUGUCCUACCCAGUGACCAGUCAGCCCCAGUGCGCUAGCAGCUGCUACCAGACCCAGCUCAGCGACUGGCACACGGGACUCACGGACUGCUGCAACGACAUGCCCGUCUGUCUGUGCGGCACUUUCGCCCCCCUGUGCCUCGCCUGCCGCAUCUCCGACGACUUCGGGGAGUGCUGUUGCGCGCCCUACCUGCCCGGAGGCCUGCACUCCCUGCGCACGGGCAUGCGGGAGCGCUAUCACAUCCAGGGCUCCGUCGGGCACGACUGGGCGGCCCUCACCUUUUGUUUGCCCUGCGCCCUCUGUCAGAUGGCGCGGGAAUUGAAGAUCCGGGAGUAAAGCAGCUCCACGCGCCUCCUCCUUUUCCACCGGUCACGCCCGGCCCCCUCUGCCCCCUCGGCCCCCUCUGCCGCCUCGUGGGAGGGCCUACCCCUCCGCCCUAUCCCGCUACCAGAAAUACACCCACAAUAAAAACCUGAAAACCAA